AUGAAUUUUCAUGAUUUGCAUUUUGCUCGCUUUUCCUUUUAUGUCCAAAAUUUGACAAUUAAUAUUGCUGUGUGGACGUUGUGGCAGAUGGAGAGGUGCUUUCCCGUGGCCAUUACAUCUACAGGUGUAAAGAAGGGUGAGCUGUUUGUGGCUGAUGUCAAUACUCAGCUAAAGAACAAGAAUAUCACUACUGAUGUCAAAGUGGAUACAGACUCUAAUCUACUUACAACCAUUACAUUUGAUGAACCUGCUCCUGGACUGAAGGCAAUUUUGAGCUUCAAAGUUCCAGAUCAAAGGUCUGGAAAGAUGGAGAUUCAAUAUCUGCAUGACUUUGCAGCUGUAAGUUCUAGCAUUGGGUUGACACCUAACCCUAUUGUUAACUUCUCUGGUGUGAUUGGGUCCAAUGUUACCUCACUUGGCGCGGAUCUGUCAUUUGACACCAAAACUGGGAACUUCACAAAAUGCAAUGCUGGACUCAGCUACUCAAGUGCAGACCUAGUUGCUUCAUUAACUUUUAAUGACAAAGGUGAUUCCCUGAAAGCAUCCUACUACCAUAUUGUGAACCCUUUGCUUGCUGCUGGUGCCGAGGUGAGCCAUAGCUUCUUAACCAAUGAGAAUACAAUUACAGUUGGUUCCCAAUAUGCAUUGGAUCCAUUGAUCACAUUGAAGGCAAAGUUUGAAGGGAAGUAUAAUGGUUUGCAAAAACUUGUAGAAGACCAAAAUCAGCUGAUAGCUCAAAUGCGUGAUGAACUACAGACAGCGAAGAUGGGACAACAGUCUUCCUCAUUGAUGCCAUCAUCGUCUGAUAUUCCUCCAGCUCAUAGAUCCCUUGGUGAUUCACAUAUGGAUUAGCAUGAUGUCAUUUCCCACGUACUUAAAUAAUAUAUUUUAUGAUAUGAAUUUGAUACUAUUUGGAUCCAUUAUAUAUUUUGAGAUAUUUUAAGUGUCUGAGUGUUGAACUAUAUAGUAAUGUUUUGAACUUUUAGAUUGCAGAAUUAUGAAAUGAAGUUUAUGUG